GCUAGCGUAUCACCUCUAAAAAAACAAGCAAAGGAAAGAAGCCGCGCUAGAAAAUAUUUAGUGAAUAGAAAACACAAAAACAACUGAAAAAAAAGAACAAAAAGACUUAACUGCAUUUACAAACCCAUUAAUAAAGUCUGCCAUGGCUCUUGUGAAACCGAAAUCGGAACUGACUCCGGAAGAGCUGGCCCGCCAGGAGGAGGAGGAGUUCAACACCGGCCCGCUGUCCGUGCUCACGCAGUCCGUGAAGAACAACACUCAGGUGCUCAUCAACUGCCGCAACAACAAGAAGCUCUUGGGCAGGGUCAAAGCCUUUGAUCGCCACUGCAACAUGGUCCUGGAAAACGUCAAGGAAAUGUGGACGGAGCUGCCGCGCACCGGGAAGGGCAAGAAGAAGGUGAAGCCCGUGAACAAGGACCGCUUCAUAUCGAAGAUGUUCCUGCGUGGGGACUCCGUAAUUCUUGUACUCAGAAAUCCCCUGGCCACGGCGGCCGGGAAGUAGUCCACCAUAGCGAUAGCGUACAGUAAUCAACAACCACCAUCUACAGUUAAUAAAUUCGGAAAACGACUCCUUUUAAAAAGAAA